CAAAAUAUCUAGGUCAAUGAUGCAUCUUACAGCAAGUUGAUACAGAAUUCGUGUUUUUUUUUUGUGUGUUCCAUGGUCAUGCAAUUUAUUCAGAUAUUUCUUUUCCAGUGUGUAAUGGCAUACCAGGAUAGGUGCUCUCAGUUUAUAGAACGAUAUCUACGCAUUAAUUAUACGCUUACACGUGGUGAAUGUUCAGAGGAAAAUCCAUUUCAUUGUUUACUGAAGGACAAUACAGAGACUUUAAAACAAAGUUAUUACAAGAACUGCAAGUCAUGGGACUGGGUUUCGAAAGGUUUCCAUCCAGUUCUUCGUGGGAAGUACAUAGAUUAUGAGAAGUGUCAAGCUGACAGAUACCAACCUUUUAAUUUCUUAUCCCAUGAGAACCACCAAUGCUACUUUGUCAAAUCAUACUGCGCAGAUGAGGGUCAAAUAGAACACAGGAUAGGUGAUGAAACGUCAGAUCGUACAUGCAAGUGCGAUUAUACUAGAAGAUAUGCUUUCCAUACAAUUCCAAGAAACAAAGUGUUCUGCAUACCAUCAGAAGAGGAGUGUACGUGCUUUAAAAAAACUUGUCCAACGAGUCAAAUGAUGAAUGAAGAUUAUGAAUGUGUUGAUUCUUUAGUGCAUUCAAAUCAGACAGAGUAUUCGAGAAACGUGACAGCAGUAAUUCUAAUAGACGAUUUUGAUGUAAUCUCUGUAUCAGAAAUAUCCAUGUGGAAAACAGAAAAUUUCAGAAUUCGUUUCUAUUUGCAAAUCAUGCUGUCUGGGAUUAUUUUAAGUAACAUUAUAUUUACCAUGUACAGUUUUAUUUACGUUGCUCAUCGGGAUUUGGAAAAAGGACACGACUUUAAAGUAGCAAUACCAGUUGUAGUUGAUGAAAACAGAGUGGAAAAAUCUUCGGACAGUAAAGAAGUAAAACAAGGGAAUACCACUGUGGCGGAAAAAAUCGUACCACCAGACACAAGUAUUGACAUUUUACUGCUUACAGAUAACUUCGGAUCCUUACAACUAGCUGACUCACAAUCUCCCAAACCAGAGAAAUCCGAUGAUAUUGAUGCAAGAAAAGGGAAAAUAUCAGUUUGUGAAACACUUAAUCUACCACAGGAUGUUGAUAGAACAUCAGAUGAGUACAGUAAGAGUAAACGAUAUCUUAAGGCAAUGAAGAAUACAGAUAUUGUUGUGUUACACGUAGAAGACAAUAUAAGUUUGAAAGAAACAAACAAUAUGGAAAAUACGGAUAGUGUAGAGAGUUUACAAAGUUUCAAGGAUCAUCUGCAAACGCUAGCAGACGAAUGGGGUUAUAAUCACAUUAAAAUUAAUUUUUUUGAAGACGUUUUCGUGUGGUGCAAUUACAAUAAUAAGAUUAGUUUCACAGAUGUUAUGGACAAGUGUGGCAUGAUAUUUUUCUACAUGUCAAAAAAAUUUCUACCAGGAAAACUUAAAAGAUAUGGAUUAUCCGAAAGCAGUGUAAACUUUGCACUUAAAGCUUUAAAUGAUUUUCCUAAAGUAAAAAUUGUUUGUGCUUAUGAACAAUGUAAACUAUAUAAAAAAGACUUUGAAAUUCAUCUUGAUUAUUGUAAGUACAAGAAGUCAAAAGAUGAAGAUUUGUAUGAAAGUACUUUAAGAGAAAUAUUUGAAAAGCUUUAAACCUUUUGGUGCUGUAUUAGUCUAUAUAUAUGACACAUAAGACAUUGCUGUAUUACUAAAAAAAUAUUGAGGAUGACACUAAAAUUUUGCUCUUUUUUGUAUAUUUGUUUGCAAAACAUGUUUAAAAUGUAAUCCCAUAUCAAAAAGAGUCAAGUAGCAAUACAGCCUUAAAUCUUA